GACGACGACGGGCAGGCGUACGGCGAGCUCCCCUCGGCGGCCAGCGCUGGCGCAGGCGCCGGCUCGGCGGCCGCUCGCGCAGGCGCCGCGCGAUCCGCGCGGGAGCAAGACUGGCGCCCGGAGCCCGCGGGCCAGGCCGCCGAGGAGGCCUCGGUGGACGACCUGCCGAUGACGCAGGCCUACCCCGAGUCACUCCUGCGGCUUCCGCCGCUGGGGGCCUCGCCGGAGGACCUGCCGCAGACCCAGGCCUACUCCGACUCCUGCCCGCUGGUCUUCCCGCUGGAGCCGAGCCACGCGAGCGCCGGCGCGAAGCGGCUCCGCAGGACCGCUCCCGAGGAGAAGCGCGUGCUGAUCGAGCGCGCGGCACGGGAGGACACCCCGCCGCAGGACCUGGCGGACGACGUCCCGCAGACGCAGGCCUACUCCGACUCCUGCACGCUGGUCUUCCCGCUGGAGCCGCGCAGCUCGAGCGCGAGCACCGGCGAGAGCGCCGGCGCGAGGCCACUCCGCAGGACCGCUCCCGAGGAGAAGCGCGUGCCGAUCGAGCGCGCGGCGCCGGAGGGCGCUCCGCCGCAGGACCUGGCGGCCGACGCCGACGUCCCGCUGACGCAGGCCUACUCGGACUCCUGCCCGCUGGUCUUCCCGCUGGAGCCGAGCCACGCGAGCGCCGGCGCGAAGCGGCUCCGCAGGACCGCUCCGGAGGAGAAGCACGUGCUGAUCGAGCGCGGGGCGCCAGAGGACACCCCGCCGCAGGAGGCCGACGACGUCCCGCUGACGCAGGCCUACUCGGACUCCUGCCCGCUGCUCUUCCCGCCGCCCAGCACCGGCAGCGCAGGCGCCAGCGGGACCAGCACCAGGCGGGCCGCGGCCGAAGAGCCGUGGCGGCUUCCUGGCGCUCCUGCCCGCGACGCCGCGCUGGACGACUUCCCGCAGACCCAGGUCUACUCGGACUCCUGCCAGCUGCUCUUCCCGCCAGGGGCGGGCGGCGCGGGCGCGAGCGCGGAGCACCUGCAGCAGGCGCACCCCGAGGAUCGGAAGCGCGUGCUGGGCGAGGACGCGGCGCAGGCCUCGGCGGAGGACGCCCUCCCGGCGUGGCCGCGCGGACCGGGCGCCGGCGCGAAGCGGCUCCGCAGGACCGCUCCCGAGGAGAAGCGCGUGCUGAUCGAGCGCGGGGCACUGGAGGAUCAUCGGGGAUAACCCGCCGCAGGACCUGGCGGACGACGUCCCGCCGACGCAGGCCUACUCCGACUCCUGCCCGCUGCUCUUCCCGGCGUGGCCGGGCGGGCCGGGCGCCGGCGCGCCGCCGGGCGCCCCGAGCGAGGAGGUCGAGCAUGCGCGUGCGGGGAGAGGGGCCUUGGGCCCCUUUCGGCCCCCGCCCCUCCCCCUGCGAGGCCUAGGCGGCUUCUCACCCUUGCCCUCCUGGCGGGGGCCCGUGUCGGGGGGGGUGGCCCCCACUGCGUGCCUCGGGCGCGCGCGCGCGGCCGCGGCCGCGCGAACGGCUUCGUCUAUUAGACAUCGAGCCGCGAGCGAAGCGAAGCGAAGCAUGCGCGUGCAAGAGUGGCCCCUCGCGGGGCAGGCCUCUGGUGCGAGCCUCCUGUU